AUGUACUUCUCCAGGGCUGGCAUCGUGGCUUUGCUAGCGGCCGUACCCAGCACUCUCGCCUGUCUCGGAUAUGAGGGCGGUGUUCCCACUGCAACUUCUACGAAGACCAACAGCAAGUACAUUGAGGUUCCCGCUGGCACUGUUUACGACGGUGGCUGGGCUAGAUUCGACCGUGGGUCUGGUGCUUGCACCAGUGGUGAAGGAGGUGACGCUGAUGCUGUCUUCAUUCUCCGAAAGGGUGCAACUCUGAAGAAUGCCAUUAUUGGCAAGAACCAGAAGGAGGGAGUUCACUGCGACGGUGCUUGCACUCUCGAGUUUGUGUGGUUCGAGGAUGUCUGCGAGGAUGCCAUCACUGUUAAAAAUGACAAGGCUGGCGACCACACCUGGAUCAUUGGCGGCGGUGCCUACAAGGCCAGCGACAAGAUUGUUCAACAUAACGGUUGCGGCACUGUGAACAUCAUCAACUUCUACGCGAAUGACUACGGCAAGGUCUACCGCUCUUGCGGCAACUGCAGCAGCCAGUGCAAGCGCAACGUGUACGUCGAGGGCACGACCGCCUACAACGGUGGCGAAGUGGUUGGAAUCAACUCCAACUACGGCGACACCGCCACCCUCAAGAACGUCUGCACCGACGCCAAGGUCCCGUGCCAGAUGUACAACGGGUGUGCCGGUGGCUGCGAGCCCACCAAGUCAGGUGUUUGCUCCGGAUAAGAUACCUCUACGAUCUACCGCAAGCCGCACGGCAUCGUCGAGAGUCCACACGGGUCUCUUAGACAAACCACCAACCCUGGACCGUAUUUUCUUCUCAAACCAGAACUUUUGGCCAGAAAUUCUUGUAUAUAUCAUCUCACAUUGCGGCCUAUGGUCGCUACGCACAUAUUUAGCUUGAUGUUGAAUGAGGAACGACCAUCUCUGCCGAUCUUGAUU